GAGUGCAGGGUGGUAGCGAAAAGUUCACAAUUCAGGCUAGUAGGCCCAAAUUAUGAAUGCUUAUGAGAGUUUCUAAAUAGGAUGCCCUGAUGACGAGAUUGGAAUUCUAUGGUUCGGAUGCUCAAAGACAGCUUUUAUGACCUUAAUUCUUCAUAACAUUAGCAUAUGUUGAGUCAUUAUUGUUUUGUUUAACUCGCCGGCUACUAUUGCGCUAAACUAUGUGGUGAACUAUGAUGUUUUAGUGAAAAACACUUUUUCUUUAGAUGUGACAUUGAUAAAAAAAUUGUAAUUAUUUAAUGGUCAAUUAUGUCUUUCUGGAAAAAAAGAUUCAAUGGACCCUUGUUGAACUGCUGAUACUAUUAAUUAAAUAAAAGAAUGUCUUAUGCUAUGACAUCUACUUCCCGAUCGAAGACUACAAAUUUGGAACAAAUAUGGGACGAUCUAAAAGAAGGCAUUCAACAAAUUUUUUUAAAACAGAGCAUGUCACGACCACGAUAUAUGCAGUUAUAUACUCAUGUUUACAACUACUGCACUAGUGUCCAGAAUGUGAAUCAAACAUCGAGAAUACAUAAAAAGCGCUCAGCUAAUCCUGGAGGUGCGCAAUUUGUUGGUUUGGAGCUUUAUAAAAGAUUAAAAGAUUUUUUGAAAAAUUAUUUAAGUAAUCUGCUCAGGCAAGGCGCAGACCUCAUGGACGAAUCUGUUCUUACAUUUUACACACAGCAAUGGGAAGGAUUCAAAUUCUCAAGUAAAGUGCUGCAUGGUAUAUGUUCCUAUCUGAAUCGUCACUGGGUUCGUAGGGAAUGUGAUGAGGGAAGAAAACAUAUUUAUGAAAUAUAUAAUUUAGCAUUAGUUACGUGGAAAGACAUACUGUUUAAAUCAUUAACUUCAAAGGUAACUAAUGCAGUGUUAGUCUUGAUCAUGAGGGAGAGGAAUGGUGAAACAAUAAAUACCAGCUUGAUAUCUGGUGUCAUUGACAGUUAUGUUCACUUAGGUAUAAGUGAAGAAGACGUGUUGGCAGGUGGUAAAACAAUUGUAUAUCGGGAUUACUUUGAAUCAGCUUUUUUAGCUGCUACGGAGCAAUAUUACGUUGCAGAAAGCAACACCUUCCUGUCGCAUAAUCCAGUUACAGAAUAUAUGAAAAAAGUAGAGUCUCGGUUGAAAGAAGAGCAGAGGCGUGUUCAAGUUUAUCUCCAUGAAAGUUCACAAAUAGAACUUGCAAAGAAAUGUGAACAAGUUCUUAUUGAAAAACAUUUAGAGACUUUAUACACUGAGUUUAAAAAUCUUUUGACUGAUGAUAAAAACGAAGAUUUAGGAAGGAUGUACAGUUUAACUUCAAGGAUACCAGACGCAUUAAAUACUUUAAAGGCAUUACUUGAAGACCACAUCUACACACAAGGUUUAAAUAAUAUAGAUAAAUGUGGCGAAACAGCCAUCAAUGAUCCAAAGUUAUAUGUUACGACCAUGCUUAAUGUCCAUAGAAAAUAUCAUGCCCUUGUGCUGUCCUCAUUUAAUAAUGACAGUGGGUUUGUUGCAGCACUCGAUAAGGCAUGUGGCAGGUUUGUGAAUGCGAACGCUGUCACAAAACAAGCCCAGAACUCAUCAAAAUCCCCAGAAUUACUUGCAAGAUAUUGUGACUCACUGUUAAAAAAGAGUGCGAAAAAUCCAGAAGAAUCUGAAUUAGAGGAUAUUUUGAAUUCAGUAAUGGUGAUAUUUAAAUAUGUGGAAGAUAAAGAUGUUUUCCAGAAGUUUUAUUCAAAAAUGUUAGCUAAACGUUUGGUUCAACAACACUCUGCAUCGGAUGAUGCAGAAGCCACAGUUAUUUCUAAAUUAAGGGAGAUGUGUGGUUACGAAUAUACUAAUAAAUUACAACGGAUGUUCUUAGAUAUGAAUGUCAGUAAAGAUUUAAAUGAUAAAUUUAAAAGACAUUUACAAACAACUGAAAAUUUAGACAUUGAUUUUAGUAUACAAGUUUUGUCUUCUGGUUCCUGGCCAUUUCAACAAUCUACUAAUUUUACUUUACCUCCAGAGUUAGAGAAAAGUCUGCAACGUUUCACCACGUUUUACAGUGCACAGCAUAGUGGAAGAAAAUUGCAUUGGUUGUAUCAAUUAUCGAAAGGCGAACUGGUGACGAAUUGUUUUAAAAAUAAAUAUUCACUGCAGGCAUCCACGUACCAGAUGGCUGUGUUAUUAAUGUAUAAUUCAGAAGAUAGUUAUACUGUUGAACAAAUUCAUCUUCAUACUAAUAUUAAGAUGGAUGUGUUGCAGCAAGUGUUAUCAAUCUUACUUAAAAUCCGAUUACUGGUUACAACGGCGUCAACCUCUUCAGAACUGGAACCUUCUGCUGUUAUUCGCUUAUACAAAGAUUAUAAAAACAAAAAACUUCGUGUUAAUAUAAAUGUUCCCAUGAAAACCGAACAAAAACAAGAGCAAGAACAAACACAUAAAUAUAUUGAAGAAGAUAGAAAAUUAUUAAUACAGGCAUGUAUUGUGCGCAUAAUGAAGAUGAGAAAAGUCAUGAAACAUCAAAAUCUACUGACGGAAGUUUUAACGCAACUGUCCACCAGAUUUAAACCUGGAAUCCCUGUCAUCAAGAAAUGUAUUGAUAUUCUGAUAGAGAAGGAGUACUUGGAACGCGUUGAAGGUGAAAAGGACACUUAUAGUUAUCUGGCUUGAUCUGCUCUCCACCGUUGUAGCUCGAUAUAUUUUUAACCAACGUUUUCGAAUGUUUUUGUCGGGGUUUUCCACUAAAUAUAGUUUUUAGCGUUCGCCUUGUGGUUGUUUUAUCGCCAAGCAAUGAAAUAAAUGUUCCAGUUUUUUAGUUUGUUUCUUGUUUUGAAUACUUAACUUCGAAAAAACACGGUUUCAAAAUUCUUACCCCGGAAAAAGACGUUUUUUUUGCUUUGUUAGCAUUAUUUGCUUUUUGUAAAAAUUUAUUUAAAUCUUUUCGAAAGAUUAAAAAUAAUUUCAAAGGUCCUA